UCUACGAGCGAUGGAGCUUCCGGAGACGAUCCGGAGACAUUUGGAGGAUUUCUCCCGGAACGUUUUAUUCGACCGGAGCCGAACUGAGACGCUCUCGAAGCGGAACGAUGGGUUCUCGUUUCCCGACAAGCUGGUUCUGUCCAGUCUCCAGCUCCAGAUGUCGCUGUACUUUAACAUGUUGUUCUUCCCCUGGUGGUGGAUCAGUGAAAUUGUGAUGCUGCAACUCAAGUAUCCUGCCUUGCCCGACUACUACAAGUUCAUCCUUGUGACCCUUCUCAUCCUGAUGACUCUAAUUGAGGCCAUCAGACUUUAUCUGGGUUAUGUCGGGAACCUGCAAGAAAAGGUCCCAGAGUUGGCUGGAUUUUGGCUGCUGAGCAUCCUGUUGCAGUCUCCUCUCAUCCUGUUUCAGCUCUUUAAUGAAGCUAUUCUCAUACAGCCCCUGGAGAGAGGAGUUCACAUCGUUCUCGCUAUAUUUGUACUCUCACAGGCCCUCUCUGGUUUUGUGGCGCUGCGGGACAUGGUGAAACACACAGAAAGCCAAUUUCACCUCCGACAGUUUGACUGAUUUCUGAAGUUCAGAUGUGGACACAUCUGGACACACCUGGACAUGACAUCGACUCUGAUAUCCAAAAGGGUCUAACAAAAAAAAUUUUGAGUCAUAUUUUUUUUAAAUGACAUUUUACACAGGACAUCUGCUGAGCACAGCUGUUUGCUGAAGAGAAAAACUUUUGUACCAUAUUUAUUUUUAUAUUUAACUCAC